AUGGGAUCAUUUUUCACUAAAAAAUACGAAUUUCUUGAUCCAAAAGCAAAUCAUAGAGUUAUUAUGAUUGGUUUGGAUGGUGCUGGAAAAACAACAUUAUUAUAUAGAUUAAAAAUUGGAGAAAUAGUUUCAACAUUGCCUACCAUUGGAUUCAAUAUUGAGACAAUUCAAUAUAAGAAUAUCAAUUUUACAGUUUGGGAUGUUGGUGGACAAAACAAAAUCCGUGCUCUCUGGAAACAAUAUUUCCUAAAUAGUACUGCUCUCAUUUUUGUUAUUGACAGUACAGAUUAUGAAAGAAUCAGUGAAGUUCAAGAAGAGAUUUCGAAUUUGGCAACAGAUGAAGUAACAGGAUCUCCUUUGUUGAUAUACUUGAACAAACAAGAUCAACCAAAUGCAAUGAACUCAGCUCAACUGACAGAAAAACUCAGACUCAAUGAUAUCAAAGAUAGAAAAUGGUAUGUUCAACCAAUGAGCGCCAAAAAUGGAGAUGGUAUUUUCGAAGGUUUAGAUUGGUUAUCACAUAGUCUAAAGACUCGGUGGAGAUAA